AUGGCGUCCAGCGACGACAAGCCAGUGCCGACCCCGGCCUCGGCGGGCGGCGGCGGCGCGCCCCCGGGGCAGCCGACGACGAUGGCGUCGAAGGUGCUGGACAUGGGCGCGGCGGCGAUGCAGUCGCUGCAGCCCGUGAAGCAGGCGAAGCAGCACGCGUGCACGUUCGCGCUGUACGCGCACGACCCCAAGCGGCAGCUGGAGACGCACCACUACGUCUCCCGCCUCAACCAGGACUUCCUCCAGUGCGCCGUCUACGACUCCGACGCCGCCGACGCCCGCCUCAUCGGCGUGGAGUACAUCGUGUCGAGGAAGGUGUUCGACACGCUGCCGGCGGAGGAGCAGCGGCUGUGGCACUCGCACGCGCACGAGAUCAGGGCGGGGCUGUGGGCGAGCCCGCGGGUGCCGGGAAUGCUGGAGAAGCCGGAGCUGGACCACCUGGCCGCCACGCUCGGCAAGUUCUGGUGCACCUGGCAGGUGGACCGUGGCGACCGCCUCCCGCUGGGCGCCCCCGCGCUCAUGGUCUCGCCGCAGGCCGAUCCCGCCGCCACCGUGCGCCCCGGCCUGGUGCGGAAGCGCGACGACAGGUACGGCUUCUCCACGGAGGAGCUCCGCGCGGGCCGGGGCGACGUCGAGGCGCCCGCCGAGGAGCACCCGGGGCAGGCGGACUACUGGCUCCGCCACCGCAAGGGGUUCGCCGUCGACGUGGUGCCGCACGAGAUGAAGCGACACGCGCCGUUCCCGUGAGCGAUCGAGCCGCCGCGUGCAAACAAGUUCCGCGUCGCGUGUGUAAAUUGUAAUAAUGCCAAACCAAGCGUCGAGCAGUCUUGGAACUCAUGAGUGGCAUGCGUGUAAUUAUGUUUGCCAGUUCAUGGAUGGGAUCAAACCAGGCGUAUAAAUGUGU